GCAGAGAGCUAGUGGGGACGGAAGUGGUCGCGAGGCUCUAACUUGCAGUGACUCGGACCGAGCUGAGGAAGUCAUGUCGGAGCAGCAGCGGCAGGGCGCCGAGCGCGACCUCUACCGGGACACGUGGGUGCGCUACCUGGGCUAUGCUAAUGAAGUGGGGGAGGCUUUCCGCUCCCUCGUGCCUGCAGCUGUGGUGUGGCUGAGCUAUGGUGUGUCUAGCUCUUACGUGCUGGCUGAUGCCGUAGACAAAGGCAAGAAGGCAGGAGAGGUGCCAAGCCCUGAAGCAGGCCGCAGCACCAGAGUGGCCCUGGCUGUGGUAGACACCUUUGUGUGGCAGUCUCUGGCCUCCGUUGCCAUCCCAGGCUUCACUAUCAACCGCCUGUGUGCUGCCUCCCUCUAUGUCCUGGGUACCAUGACCCGCUGGCCCCUGACUGCCCGCAAAUGGACCACCACCACACUUGGGCUGCUGGCCAUCCCCGUCAUCGUCCACCCCAUUGACAGGUCAGUAGACUUCCUCCUGGAUUCCAGCCUGCGUAAACUGUACCCAUCAGUGGGGAAGCCCAGCUCCUCCUGACCCUGUACUGACCCUGCCCAUGGCUGGCCCGCUCACAUCAGAGAAUGUAGAUGCUUGGCUGUUUGGGGUCCAUGACACUGGCAUCCGUGUGGGUUCAAACUGAUGGGCUCUUAGA